AAUGGUUGGAACGUGUCUCGUCCGCGUCGUUGCUAUAGGCUUGACACUCUUGACAGCACUUGACAGAUUUCGAGGAUCGUGAGUCAACCAGUCAACUGUCAGAGCAGCAUGCACGACGCAGUUGGAUAAUUGGACGAAAGGAUGUCGACAGAGUGGAUCUUGGUAUACGUGCUCGCUGUUGCGACUGCAACAGUGAAAUGCAGCGACAUAACUCCGGCGGUGUUCGGAGGUGUGCUCGACGGAAUGCCAGCUGCCUUUGGGGACUUCAAUUCGGACGAGUUGACCGACGUGUUUAUGUUGCGGAAGAAUGGAACCACCGUCGAGAUAUUCCUCGCCGCGGAACAGGAACCGCUCCUGAGGCCCAGCUCGAAUCUGAGCUGUACAUUUAAGCGUAUCGUCGUCGGCGUUGUACCCGGAGACUUCGACGGGGACGUGUUCAUGGAUGUGUUGGUGGUCACGUACGACAUGUCCGAGAGACUAUCGUACGUUUACGUCCUGUGGGGCGGAAACGAUCGACUGAACUGUACGGAUGAGAACGAGCCGCUUAUAAAGAUGAAGGGUCAGCCGUUGGCGAUGGACUAUAACGGGGACAUGAUCAUAGAUCUGUUCGGGUUGGACAGGGAGAGCAGGAGGACAUUUUGGAUAUUCGACCAGAGCAGGCGACGUCCUGAAGUCGUGCACAUGAGGUCGCACAGCGAUCCCAUACCGCUGAUCAGCCAACCGCAUUCGAACGCCUAUUUGGAUUUAAACAGCGACUUCUUGGCGGAUCUGGUCGUCACCACGAACAAAUCUUUCGAAAUUUGGCACGGCAUCGAGGAAGGAUUUUUCUUCCACAAGGAUAUAGAGUUUCCGUACGGUAUCGUGCUGGACAGGAACCUUCACGUCGUGAUGGGCCAAUCCCUCUACUUGGACGUGGAAUUGACCGGCAAGAUGGAUCUGCUUCUGCCUCUCUGUUUCGACGUGUCGUGCGCCAACAGCACGAUCAUGAUGUACUCCGACAAGUGGUACAAUCUCCAGGUGAACUUCAGGGACAGUAACAACAUGUUGUGGGGUUUCGUGAGUCCUGACGGGCAACGGUACACCGACACGAUCACUUUACGCGGCGGUGACUUCAACAUGGACGGUUAUCCCGAUCUGUUGGCCACGUUGAAGUCGACCACCGGCAAGCAGAAGCAAUCGUUCCUGUUGGAGAACGUCGCGUGCGACACCUGCACUGGCUUCGGGCGAAAGUUCGAAGUCAAGUGGCAAGCGUUAAACCCGUUUUACAACGAGACCGCGAUGGCGGUGUUCUACGACUUCUACCAGGACGGGAUUUUGGACGUCAUCUUGGUGGACGUCGACAAAAGCACCGGUACUUAUCGCACCGCCGCGUUCAAGAACAGCUUGGACUACGACGCGAAUUUCGUGAAGGUUAUGGUGCUGACCGGUCGCAACAACAGCAUGUACCCGAUCUCACCCGGAUCAUUGGGAAAGAAGAAACGAACCUAUGGGACCAAUCUGCCUGGUCCGUCGAUAGCCUAUCGGACCACCACGCAAGAUGGCAGCCCACGAAACGCGAUCGCCGCCCAGCUCCCACAGAGCGCGCACUUUUCGUUGAACUUACCUUACACGACGUUUGGUCUCGGUAGGACACCCAACUUUGUCGACGCUCUCACGAUAGGGGUGGGUGGGAAAUCACGAGAGUGGCCACAAAUCAUUCCAAACUCCCAGAUGGUAGUGAUACCAAACCCGAUAGCAGAACCAUGGAGGUGGAAGGCGCAAUUGUUCGUAACACCUAGCAAAUUGAUUCUGUUGAGCGCCGCCGCUUUGACCGGAACUUGCGGCUUGAUAUCGUUAAUUAUUGUCGGCUUGUAUUGGAAGGAGCGAAGGGAAGAUAAAAUCGAGAAGCUUCAAGAAGCGCACAAAUUUCAUUUUGACGCGAUGUAAAAGCAACAAAAGAAAAAAAAAAGGAUAGAAAUAAGAGUCCGUUUGCUUUGCUAGCCGUUAAGAAAUGUAUUUAAUCGAUAUCGACGUGUAAAUUAUUUCUUAAGCGAUAAAUAAAUAAAUUAAGUAAAUUAAUAACUUAACAAAUACAACAGCCUUACGAGAAAGUAAAUAGGGGGGACUAAACGGACGCGUGAAUGUACAAACGGAUGGUACGCGAUAUUCGAUCAUUCGGUGAGCACUUGAUCUGUCUCGUUCUCGAACGUUUUAGAGAGAAUUAGCUUUUUCGUACGUUAGAGACUUACCGUCACUGAUAAAAUUGACAAUUUAUUGAUUUCUCUUGGACAUUCUUAGAAAACAGGACUCGUCGGUGUUUAUUUCGCAUCGUCGUCGACGGCACUGAAUGCGAAACACACGUAUAUAAUAGUAAUAUGUAUAUAUUAACAAACGAUCUUCAUCGGUGUGAUUUUGGUCGCCGCCGCCAUCCGUACUCGGUACGCGCAUUCGAUCAUC